GUCAGCACACAGUCUUUCAUUUUCCAACUGUAUUUUCUUAAAUAAAAUCGGUGGGUAUGCCCGCCGUCCUCGGUUUAAAGAUUCCCUCUUUCAGACUUUUUAGUUUUAUAUAAAACCCUCUUUCUCACUCUCUUUCAUCCUAAAAAAUUGAAAUGAUUCAAUCACUAACCCUAAUUCCUCCAACUUCCUUCCCCUUUUCCGUUCAAAAAUCAACCUAUUCCGCGGCGGCGGCGGUCGGAUCUACCCGUCGUGGUUUUUUCACCGGAAAGACUAUUCGGAGGGCAACGACAUGUGCAUCUGCCGUUGCCGAGGCUCCUCCGGUGAUGGAGAUAAGAUCGGUGAGUUUAUAUGAGUUGUUAAGAGUUAAAAGAGAUGCAUCACCGAAAGAGAUUAAAGCUGCUUACCGAAAUUUAGCGAAACUGUACCAUCCUGACGCUGCUACUCUACUGGAGGAAUCUUCCGACGGACGAAAUUUCAUUGAGAUUCACGAUGCUUAUGUUACUCUCUCUGAUCCUUCAGCUAGAGCUCUAUACGAUCUCAAGUUAAGCGUGGGCUCCCGCCGGCGAGGUUUUGCCCGGUCGGUUGAUGGAAUUCGCAUUUACCCGACCCGGAGAUGGGAAACGGAUCAGUGCUGGUGAUAUGAGAUGAUUUUAGGGCCCUGCAUUUCUCCGCAUACACUGUAUUUUUUUGUCAAGUGGCAUUUAGAUGGAGAUUUAGAUAAUGUACAUACUACAUUUGUUCCCUUUUCUGCUCAGCUUGUAAUUGAGCCAAUUGGCAAAAAUGAAAAAAAGUGAAAAGAAAAUUUCUUCAUUGAGGAACAAAUACUUGUUUCA